AUGUACAACGAUAAUACAAUUUAUAUCGUUGAAUAAUUGAUUCAAGAUGCGAAUUCAGACUUAACUAUUUUAUUGUCACUAGAAACAUUCAUGAAAUAUGUUAGAGCAUUAGAUGCAAUAGCCAUUGAAUUCUUAAUAAAAAAUGCCCAUUAAUUAUUGAGGAUACUAUUUACAAAUUACGAUCAUAUUCACAAAUCUCAAUAUAUUCUAUACUCAGAUCUUAUUUCGAAAGUGUGGGAAAUAAUAGAUCUUAAUACUGAAUAGAUUUUAUAAUAAAUAGAGAAUAAUUCAACAUAUGUAUAUGAGUUACUAAACUAUUAAAAUGUCCCAGAUGCAUAAUGGGCUUAGGCACAUAAGUUCUUAUAGUUUAUCAAGUAACAAUCUUGGUCUUUAAUUCCCAAAGCCUUGUUCGAGAAAGAAUUUUUACUCAUCAAAUUUUUACCUCAUUUACAUAAUAAGAGUGUGGCCUUAAUAAUUUUGCUGUUUUUUGAAAAUUAAUAUCAUGAUCAACAACUCAUGUUUCUCUAAUAGGGUUUCACAUAAUUUCAUGAAUUCGAUCCCUGCACUGCUAUAAAUUUUACUUUUUUAAUACAUGAGAUUAUCACAAGAAUAGCUACUUAGGAAUUAAUAAAUUUCCUAUUGUCAAGAAAGGUAAUAGCAAAAUCGCUAGAGAUUUUAGACGAUUGCAGAUUGAGUUUUAUAGUAAGAAAGAACGCAGCCCAUAUAUUAUCAUUAAUAUCGAAUUUUUAUUCUUUGGAUUUGCAAAAUCUGUAUUUAGACGAGCCCAGUAGUGAGAGUAUAAUAGAGACCUUUAGGUAGACUGACUUUUAUAAGACAUUUGACAUUUAAAUCAUUAAGAAUAUUUUGAAUGAUGCUUUAUUAAAUAAUUGCAGAUUAGGAUUGUUAGCAGUGAAACUAGUUGAAAUUGUAGAUAAUUUAGUGAGAAUUUCAGACAUAGAGUUAUGGAAUAAGAUAGAUAAAUCAAAUGUGAUGGAGAUUAUCUUAAAUUUAGUAAAAAAGUUUAAAAAUUCAGAUAUUUUUAUCUCAUAUGUGAAUAAUAUGAUCAUUUUCAUAUUAGAUAGAGCAAUAAGUGAUUUUCAUCCUUUUUGGUGCGUAUAGAUUUUUACUAAGUAUAAAUUGCAUGCGCAGUAGAUUAUGUUUUUUAAUAGACAGAUAAUAAUCUUCUAAUAAUAAUUGUAGGUUAAACUGAUAAGGGAUAGCGAUUUCUUACCAUAUUAUAAUGAAUUAAUGUAGAUAGAGAACAUUCUUAAAAGAUCCCAGUUUUGGAAAGCAUCAAAAGAACAAAUAGAAUUAUAUGAGGAAAGACAUAAAUAUAGACUGGGAGAGGAUUCUGAGACUCCUUCAAUUGAUUAUCCUAUUAUCGUCUCUGCUAUUGAUGAUGAAUGUAUUGAUGAAAUAAUUGAGCCUAAGGAUAAUAUUUUCAUUGAUUGCUUGAAUCGACAAUCUCCAAUUGAUAGUUUAAACAAUAAUGAGGACUCAGAUGAAGAUGAUAAAUUGAUUGGAGCCUUCUCGGGUAUGGAUACUUUAAAUAAAUUGAAAAAUGUAUUUCAUAAAAUGGAUUUGAAAGAUCAAGAGGAUGACUAAUAGAUUCAGGAGAACUAAUAAUAGUAAUAAGGAAAGAGAAUUCGUAACCUAUCUAAUUCAUUAAAUAAUUAAUUUUAAUAAGGACAACGGGAUAUCAUAAGUCGAUCUUUGAAUAGUGAUCACGAUUCUCUGUAAAAAUUAUCAUUGAGUUCAUCAACUAAUCUUAAAUAAAUGACAAAGAGUUUUGAUUCAUUUACAAUUGAAGUUUUGGGUAAUACAAAAGUAGUAAAAAAUAAUCAAAUCUUAAAGGUGGAUGAGAUCGAUAAUACAAAUAAUAUUUAGAAUGAAUGA